UCACCACACACCCUCUUCUCCUUAAUCAUAAUCAUAAUCAUUUUCUAAUCAUCUUUUUUUUUUUCUAAUCAUCUUUUCCUUAUAGUUAGCUUACUCUUUGAUCAACUCUCAUGGCAUCACUCAACCAAGCCAAAUUUGACCUUGAACAACAACAAUCAACAAUAACAAAUCUCGAAGUCGAAUCAAAAGAUUUCGACUACUCGAAAAGAUCACAAUGGCUAAGAGCAGCCGUUUUAGGAGCUAACGACGGAUUAGUCUCUACAGCUUCGUUAAUGAUGGGAGUCGGCGCAGUCAAGCAAGACAUCAAAGCGAUGAUCUUGACCGGUUUUGCCGGUUUGGUAGCCGGUGCUUGUAGCAUGGCGAUCGGAGAAUUUGUCUCGGUUUAUUCGCAAUUAGACAUUGAAGUUGCUCAAAUGAAAAGAGAGAAAGAAAGAGGAAGACAAAUUGAUGAUGAUGAUGAAGAGAAGGAAAGUUUGCCUAAUCCAUUACAAGCUGCAGCUGCAUCAGCUUUAGCUUUUUCUAUUGGUGCAAUGGUGCCAUUGCUUGCAGCUUUUUUUAUAAGAGAUUAUAAGGUGAGACUUGGUGUUGUUGUAGCUGCAGUAAGUGUUGCUUUGGUUGUUUUUGGUUGGUUUGGGGCUGUGUUGGGUAAGGCUCCAAUUUUUAGGUCUGUUUUGAGGGUUUUGGUUGGUGGUUGGGUGGCUAUGUCCAUCACUUUUGGGCUUACUAAGUUGAUCGGCUCAAGUGGACUUUAGUUUUUUAGAGCUACUUUUAUAUCAGGUGAUUUCUUAAAAACUACACUCUGAUUAAAAGUACACUUUCGAACAAGAAAGAAACACAAUUUUUGUCUGGGUUUAUCCAUCCAGAGAAUAAAAAAUGUGUGUUUUUCGAAUUUAUCCAUCCAAAAAACAUGUAAGGGGUCGGAAAAGAAAUUUCCUAGUUUUUUUAUUUGUAAAGUGUGUUUUGCAAAUAUAUGUAGCAUGUUAUUUAUGGUUUAUAAGUUGAAGAAAUUAGUUUUGGUAAUUAUUAUUGAAAGAGGCUAUAAGGUGUUUAGCCUCUUUGUAAUUUGUAUACAUGGAUGGUAUUAUUUCAUCUAUGUUAAUUGAUAAAAGCUUGAAGUUUUUCACUUGGUAA